AUGCGUCAACUGCUUCUUCUGGUGACUGGAACCUUUGACCACGCAGUCUGUUUUUAAUUUUCGGGAAAGUAAAGAAAUCGUUAGGACAAAGAUCGGGACUAUAUGGAGGAUGGUCCAAUAAUUCCACGUUUUCUUCCGUUAAAUACUGCCUUGAUUAUUGGGCUGUGUGCGAGCUUGCAUGGUCUGGGGGAGGAUGAUUCUUCUUUCGGGGUUGAUUUUUCGAAGCUCGGUGAUGACUUUUGGCAAACAAAUGGUGGUAUACCAAUCCGCAGUAACAGUUCUUUUUGCAAUAUGACCCGCUUUUGACACAAAUGUCCGUUUUUUGACACCAAUUAACCCUGGCUGCUUUCUGCUCUUCAGUCAACGUAUCCAACGAGAAAUUAUUUUUCUUACUCCU